AUGGAAAAGCAAGUGGCUGCUAUUUAUACACAGAAGUACUAUUACAUAUUUCAAGAUCAGUUGUGGGAGAGCUACAGUUACAAUCUUGAGGUCACAAAGGAGGAUGAAACUAAUUGUAUACUUAAGGUUAUGCGUCAGGAUCAUGAUGAUGGAAGAGCCCGAGUCAUUAUGUAUGACAAAUCAAAAGAUUUUGCCUCAUGUAGCUGCAAAUUGUUUGAGAGUGCAGGAGUCCCAUGUAGGCAUGUUCUACCAUACUUACACAAGUUACUUCAAGUUCAUAAAUUUCCAGAUCAAUACAUUUUGAAGAGAUGGACAAAAUCUGCAAGAUCUGAGGUUGUGAUGGACAAGAUUGACAUGGAGAUAACUGUUAGGAAGUCCUUACUUGAAAAAUGUGGUCUACUGUUCCAGCCAUAUUCACAUGUAACUGAUAGCGUUGUCUUAAGUGAAGAAGCAAGUCAAUUGUUUCGUGAAACAAUGGAUUCUUUGAUUGAGAAGAUUAGGCCACUACUUGCCAAUAAUAGCAGUGAAGGUGUGGAGUCUUAUGCAAAAACAAGUUCAACUCAUCAGUUUGAUUUUCGAGAACCAGAUGAAGUUAAGACAAAAGGAAGGGCUAAAAGAAUUAAGAGAGGAAAAGAGAAGGAAAAUGGAAAACGCAAUAGUUCCGAUAGACAUUGUCAUAGAUGUGGCAAAGAUGGGCAGACCCAUGACAAACGCAAUUGUCCACUGCUCAAUCAAUCUGCUGAUGUUGAUACAAAUGAAAAUUUUAGUGAAGAUGACAUUGAUACUGAUAGUUAUUCAUCACAGGAUGAUUAG